GUCGUCUCGCUGCCAUAUCCAUCACCAUGAAGUUCACCCCCCUCCUCCUUCCCCUCCUUGCCAUCCCCGCAUCCGCCUCCAUCGCCAACGACGCGCUGUCCUGGGCGAGUGAGCUCGUGUCCGGCGGAAAGGGCAGCCUUGCCACCGCUCACGGCGCUCAUGUCGCCGAGGUCGACGACCCUAUCAGGACUAUGGACUCGUGGAGCUAUGUGGACUGUGGAUUGGCCACUGACGCCAUCCAGCUCAAGUCUAUCAAGGUGUCUCCCGACCCCCCUGUUCCAGGAAAGAACCUCACCGUUAGCGUCGAAGCUGACGUCCUCGAGCGUAUUGAGGAUGGCGCCUAUGCCGACGUAACUGUCAAGCUUGGUUUGAUCAAGCUUCUUCAGAAGCAGUUUGACGUCUGUGAAGAAGCUGCCAACGCCAACGCGUCUGUCCAGUGCCCCGUUGAGCCUGGGCCUUACAGCGUACAACACACUGUGGAGUUGCCGGAGGAGAUUCCAAAGGCCAAGUUCUCGGUCCAGGUCAGGGGAUACACAGCCGAGGAUGAGGAUAUGGUCUGCUUGGAUCUGUUUGUGGACUUUAUGAAGCCCAAGAACUAGAGACUACCUAGAGUGACCCGGAGAGUGGUCAUUCCCUCUCACCGUAACCGCUGGACGUGUAGACAUAGUGGAAACCUCCAUCUAAAGAGCCUUGAAAGAACGUUUGGAAAUGGCAUUUUCUUCUUGUAAAGCAUGCAUAACUUGUAUAUGUUC